CGUUUCUCCACAAUCUCUGUCUGUCUAUCUAUUCCAUUGACAAUUUUGACAAAAUGGCGACGUCUAAGGGAGCAAACACGUACAACAGACAAAAUUGGGAAGAUGCUGAAUUCCCUAUACUCUGUCAGACGUGUCUCGGUGACAAUCCAUACAUUCGGAUGAUGAAAGAAAAAUAUGGCAAAGAAUGCAAGAUCUGUGCCCGACCAUUCACUGUAUUCAAAUGGUGCCCUGGAGCCAGGAUGAGAUUCAAGAAGACGGAAGUAUGCCAGACGUGUAGCAAAAUGAAAAACGUUUGUCAGACGUGUCUCUUGGACCUUGAAUAUGGUUUGCCUGUCCAGGUUCGAGAUGCUGCUUUGAAGCUCCAGGAUAACAUGCCCAAAUCCGACGUUAAUAAAGAGUACUACACACAGAAUAUGGAAAGAGAGAUAGCAAACAGUGACGGUAUCUCGCCUGUGGGAGCUUUGGCGGGGAAGGCACAGACUCCUAGCGACAUGUUGCUCAAACUGGCAAGAACAACUCCUUACUACAAGAGAAAUCGGCCUCACAUCUGCUCGUUUUGGGUGAAAGGAGAGUGUCGGCGUGGCCAGGAAUGUCCUUACAGGCACGAAAAGCCGACAGACCCAGACGACCCCUUGGCAGAUCAGAACAUCAAGGACAGAUUUUACGGAAUGAAUGACCCGGUAGCGGACAAACUUCUCAGUCGUUACAGCAGCAUGCCCAAGCUGGAGCCUCCGGAAGACAAGACAGUCACCACCCUCUAUGUGGGAAAUCUGGGGGACAAAGUCGGGGAAACAGAGUUGAGGGAUUAUUUUUACCAGUUCGGUGAGAUUCGUUCCGUCAACGUGGCGAAACAGCAGUGUGCGUUUGUGCAGUUCACCAACCGGGCGUCGGCGGAAGCGGCCGCGGAGAAGGCGUUCAACAAGCUCAUCCUGUGUGGCCGGCGGCUGAACAUCAAGUGGGGUCGCUCCCAGGGACAGCAGACGCUGGCGGUGAAGAAGGGCGAGGGUCCGCCCCAGCCUGCCCUGGAGCCUGUACCUGGCUUGCCUCAAGCACUGCCGAUGCCGCCAGAAGAGCUGACCAACAACUACUUCAACCUGGCCGGCCCCGGAGUCCCACCCCCUCAGCCGUUUGGCCUCCCGCCCCGAGGACCCAUGCGUGGCCCGCCCGGCGGCCCACCAAACGGCCCACCAGGGGGUCCUCCAGGCGGCCCACGGGGCUUCCCUCCCAUGAUGAGGGGCCCUCCACCACCCAUGCCCUUUGGCAUGCCCAGAGGACCGCCUCCACCCGGAAUGCGAAUGCCCCCACCCCCGCCCGGAGUCCUGCCCAUGAGGCCCCCACCAGGCAUGCCCCCUCCGCAACAGCAACAACAACAGCAGCCCCCGCACGGUGGCCCCGGUGGUCCCCCUCCAGGCCACGGCCGCGCCGUCCACUACCCCUCACAAGACCCGACCAGGAUGGGAGCCAUGAAGAACCCGCCGGGGCCCAACAAGUCCAAGCCCGGCAGAGAGACUUGAUGAUUGUGUUUGUCGUACUAGUGCUAGUUUUAUUGCACCGUCUGCCGAGACCGUACGCUGCGAGACGGUUCGCUCCUCUGUCUGUUGGAGGUUAUUUAGAAAAAACGUUCUCCGAAACGCUGGUGGUAACGUUUAUAUAUUUCAAAAUGAGUCACUCUUUUGUGUGUGAGGUUUUUUAGAAAAACGUUCUCCGAAAAGCUGGUGGCAACGUUUAUAUAUUUCAAAAUGAGUCACUCUUUUGUGUGUGAGGUUAUUUAGAAUAACGUUCUCGGAGAAGCUGGUGAUAACAUUUAUUUAUAGUACGAGAAGGGUCACUCCUCUACGUGAGAUUACCUGAUGGAACACCACUCUAUGUGAGAAUUUAGAAAACUGUUCUCAGGACAGUUGGUGGUAACAGUAACGCUUUUAUUAUGGCUUGUUUGAUACUGUUUGUUAUGAGGGAUUGAUUAUAGAGUCGAAGUUGUCUAGAGGAAAAGUGGUUGUCGUAGAUAGGUGGACUCAUUGACAGUGUCAUGAUAUUUUUAAAAACACAAGAGAUGAAGUGGUCAGCUGUACAGAUGAAGUGGUCAGUUGUACAGAUGAAGUGGUCAGUUGUACAGAUGAAGUGGUCAGUUGUACAUGUGAUUGUCUUGGACAGGUUGCUAUAAUGGCAGGUUUGACUGCGUCUUGUAUGUAAAGAGAAGGAGCAGAGAUGUUCUGGAAAGAACUUUUCUUUGUGAGACAGAACGGCAUGUUUUUACCAGGGCCAGUAGUAGCAACAUUACAAAAUAUUAUUGCACUUUUGGGUUUUUUGAGGACGGUUUUCUGGAGAGAGAGAGAACUGUCUUUUGAUAGUUGUGUUUUGGGUCAUUUGUGUUCUACUUACAAAAAAACAUUGUUGACUCUGUUGAAAAUAGGGAGUUGGAAAUGUGGGUAGUUUUGUUUUGAAAGGGAGAGUGGGGUCGGGUGAACAGUUGUUAUACGUGUAAUGUUAGUACGUUAUGUUGAAGGUAGAAAUAUUUUUUGACCUGUGUUCUUCAUUUAUUGCAUAUAUAUUUGUGCUCACUUCAUUUUCCCGGCAAAAGAAUAAAGAAAAAAAUGCUGUGUACUAAU